CGAGAGGCGUGGGGACGAGGAGGAGCAAGCAGAACGAAAGCGUGCCGAGAGUCUCGAGUAGAGAAAUCCAAACUAUGAACCACGCCAAUUCUCGGACAAUUUACCUCACAUUAGGUAAGCCAGAGAACUGACAAGUGGGACAGAACGCCAAGAACCAAGCUACGAUGCUGCUGACGUCCCGUUCAGAUACCUCGACCUGGUGUUAAAGAUGCUUUUGUCUGGACGUCAUACCCGGAGGUGACCCUGAGUGCUGGUGGCCGACUCUGCAUCCCAGGUGGGGAUGGCCGGCCGGACCCCCCAGUGGGGGACGUGUGUCUGUCUUCAGACUCUGCUGGCCUUUGCCGUGGCCAGCUGUCCCUCCCUGGCCCCAAACACAGUCAAUUUCUCGGUGGUUUACACCAUGCCCUUUUUCCAAGCCCGUGGCCCGAUCCAGAACAUUGUCAACAACUCCUUCUACCAGGAAGUGUAUGUGGCCUCGCAAAAUGUCAUCGAAGCCGUCAACAGAAGCUUGGAGAAGACAUGGGGACUUCGGACCGGGCCGGUGGGGAGUCCGGAAUGUCAGGUUUGUGAUUUGUGUCAAAUAGACAGAGACCCCAACUUCUCGGAGGACACAAACAAUCAGGUGUUGUUGCUGGACACCCUCUUCAUGUAUUUGUAUUCGUGUGGAAGUUCCCAGUAUGGCGUUUGCUAUUUUCACCAACUCACCAACGACGGAGAGCCACCAUCUAUUUCCAAGUGCUUGUUUCGAGCCGGUUCAAACUCUGCCGCUUACUGUCCCGACUGUGUCGCCAGCCCUCUUGGUACCAAAGUCACCAUGGUGGAGGAAGGUCAGACGGUCUACUUCUUUGUCGCCGCUAGCGUCAAUGAAAGUGUUACUCAGCGUUACGGAAGGAAGUCCAUAUCUGUGCGUCGACCUCUGGCGACCGAAGACGGCUUCUACCGCGACGUCCGCGGCCUGACUGUCCUUCCCGGGCUGAGGAGGACUUACCACAUUGAAUAUGUCUACAGCUUUUUCACUCAAGAGUUUGUGUAUUUCCUCUCCGUUCAAAGAGAGAGUCCGGACCAGGAUUCAUCUCCAUUUCAAACUCGACUGGGCCGCCUUCCGCGGAAUGAAUGGGAGAUGAAACGAUACCGCGAGGUCAUCCUGGAAUGUCGUUUUGAACCGAAACGGCGGCGGAGGAACGUGGUCGGUGAACCUUACAGGGAUGUGGUGUACAAUGUGGUUCAGGCAGCACAUUUUGGCAAAGCCGGCAGGGAGCUGGCUGAAGAAUUGGGCGCGGAGGAGGAGGAUGACAUCCUCUAUGGAGUCUUCGCCGUCACGGAUGACAAUGGAGUCACCGAGCAUGAUUCAGCCCUGUGUGCCUUCCCUGUGGACAACGUCAACGAGGCCAUCGCCGACGGGGUGGAUGACUGCUGUGAAUCUGGACCCGAGCAACUGUCCAGGGGACUUUGCCACUUCCAGCCCUGUGAAAGCUGUCCUCAUGAGAGCAUGGAGAACAAUGCCACAUGCAGAGACCAUCCAACCAUGGUUUCCCAGCCCUACUACAGAGUGGACCUCUUCAACCGGCAGAUGACAAACGUCCUCCUCACCUCUCUGUUGGUGACCACCAUUGACAACAAGACCGUUGCCCAUAUGGGUACCUCCAACGGUCGGCUGCUGCAGCUGGUGCUGACAAGAUCCAGCCCGAUUAUCUUUGCCAAUUACUCUUUGGCAGAGAACCAAAGGAUCUCCUCCAUUGCUGCAGUUUACUCAUCAGAGUAUCUCCUGUUUGUGGUCGGAGACAAGAUGAUUCGGGUCCCACAGAGAGGACCGGGAUGUCAACACUUUCUGACUUGUGCCAUGUGUCUGAGAGCCCCGAAGUUUAUGAGCUGUGGCUGGUGCUCGGGCGUGUGUUCAUGGGAGAGCGAGUGCUCGAGUCAUUGGCGGAAUGAGUCCUGCCCGCCGCGGAUCACCGGGUUCUUCCCGCGGACUGCUCCCCCUGACGGUCAAACAGAGUUAACAGUGUGCGGAUGGGAGUUCCAGUCACCCCUAAGACCCGCUAUUACCUCCAGAAGCCACCAGGUUAGACUGGGACAGACAUCAUGCAUUGUGCUUCCUGUCAAGAGUAACAACACACACCUGGUGUGUAAGAUUCGCUCCGGGGCUACCGAUCUGUCAAAACCAGUCAACAUUACAGUGGAAGUGCACGAGGGCGAGGGAGGCAUGAAGGUGGAGGGACGAUAUGCCAUUGACGGCAAGGCACAAAUGCCCGGUUUUACAUUUCUGAUACCUAACAUCACAAAGAUCCAGCCCAACUAUGGGCCUCUCAUCGGGGGAACAUUGAUUACAGUGACUGGAGCUCACUUGGAUGCCGGAAGGACAAGGAGAGUCACGCUUGAUGGUGUGCCCUGUCCUAUAAAAAGAGUCACAAAGCCCAAAGGCAAUAUGUCUUCCAUCGUCUGUCUGUCCCAGCCCAUCUCAGAAGUGAGGGACGUACCUCUCAGUGUUUUCAUCGACAAGUCUCCCGUCAUCACAACAAAGGUUUUUUACUACAAAGAAAACCCCAAGAUUACAGCCGUCCUGCCUGAUUGUAGCUUUGACAGGGGAUCAAAUAUUUUGAUUGAAGGAGAGAACCUGGAUUCUGUUUAUCGUACUAUCAUCCACUUCAGACCUAAUGAGAGCCACUUGAAGCCUGUGACAAGGGAAUGCAUCGGCAAGGCCUUGUCCACAAGGAUGCAAUGUGUCACUCCGGUAUUCCCACGGGACGAGACAGAGGAAGGAGAGCUGUCCUUCGACAUGGAUGGAGCAAUGGGACUUUGGAACAAAGAGUUUUCCUACCACCCGUACGGCGAGCCAAUACCCUUUGAAACAGAAGGACACGAGUUGCAUUUAUACCCUGGCUUUGAUGAAGUUUCACUCCAUCAUCAGAAACUAAAUCUGGUGAGCUCCUGCAUGACCAUCAUCAUGACGGUGGCCGGUGUUGAUUGUGAUGCUAAAGUCCUGGAUAAUGAAAUCACCUGCAGGAUUCCCAAAAACUUAACCAUCCCAAGUGAAGGACUGCCUGUGAAGAUCUCCAUAAACGGACAGGUCCACAAUGUGGGUCGAGUAAUAAGGGUCAGCAGCCACUACAUGGUGGGGAUCGUGCUCGGGAUCCUCGCAGCUCUGGUAGCCGGGGCAGUGCUGGCCUUUGCUGUCAUGAAGCACCUGAGGAAGAAAAAGAAAGCUUCCAUGGUGGAGAGCCGUUUGGCCCACUGCGCAAGCCGUUCUGGGACAAAUUCUGUUGAGUUGUCACCGGUUGGCGACUACAGGAGAGUAGUACCCCUAAAUCCUCCGUCUCCCGUCGCCGGGCCUUUGGCCUUCCCCAGCCUGUCCUACGCUGCAGGCAGUAUAGACAUUACUCUCACGCCUCUCAUGGCUGCAGAGAAAAUUUCCAUUUCCAGUUUUAGACCAGAGUUAUUGGAGGAGGUGAAGGAUGUUCUUAUUCCGGCUGAAAUGCUCCUCGUGCAACACCAUCGCAUCAUUGGCAAGGGUCAUUUUGGAACAGUCUAUCAUGGAUAUUUCACGGAUCAUAGCAAUAGAGAAAAACACUGCGCUGUCAAGUCUUUGAAUAGGAUAACGGAUGUCGAAGAGGUGGAGCAGUUUUUGAAGGAAGGUAUCAUAAUGAAGAGUUUCCAUCACAUCAACGUGCUGUCUCUGCUGGGCAUCCUCCUGCCACAGGAAGGUCUUCCUCUGGUGGUUCUGCCUUACAUGAAACACGGAGACCUGCGCCACUUCAUACGCUGCCAGAAGAGGAACCCCACUGUGAAAGAUCUCAUUGGCUUCGGACUGCAGGUCGCCAAGGGGAUGGAGUAUUUGGCUCAGAAGAAGUUUGUUCACAGAGAUCUCGCAGCACGCAACUGCAUGCUGGAUGAAUCUUACACAGUCAAGGUGGCAGACUUUGGCAUGGCCAGAGAUGUUUUUGACAAGGAGUAUUACAGUAUUCAAGACCACAGAAAGGCCAAACUGCCCGUCAAAUGGAUGGCCAUUGAGAGUCUACGGACACAGAAAUUCACUUCCAAGUCCGAUGUGUGGUCCUUUGGCGUGCUGAUGUGGGAGAUGCUGACGAGAGGAGCAAGCCCUUACCCUGAAGUGGACCCUUAUGACAUCACGCACUACUUAUUGAAGGGCAGGCGCCUUCCUCAACCUCAGUACUGCCCUGGCCCUCUGUACAGCAUUAUGCUUGAGUGCUGGGACCCGGAUCCAGAAUUGAGGCCUAACUUUGCCACGUUGGUGUCUGCUAUCACCAGCAUCCUCUCGAGCCUCGAAGGAGAACAUUACAUCAGUCUGAAUGUCACGUAUGUCAACCUGGACCAGCCGAGGCCCUACCCAGCACUCACAGAGUCUGCUGACGAAUACGACUCCACGGACGCUGAUAGUCACUCGGAUUCCGUCUCCUCCUGAUCGUAUCCCCUUCAAACUGACCUGGCAUCAGUUUGAAACACAAGAGGACAAAAACUCAUUCAAGUAUGUUUUACCCUUAAGCAGCUGUCCAUUGGUCUGCCGUGUGUGUGUCUGCACACAAGUGCCACGCACUAGUAGCACUAAUUUUGUCUUGUACGACUAGUGUGUGAAAGUAUAUAGCAGUGGAAAAACCAAACAAAAGGACAAUCGCUGUCGUAGUUUGGACUAUUUAUACACUGACUUCUCUUGCAAGUGAGGACACUGUACUAGUUGCCUACAUGGAUGUUAUAGUGGCUCUCAAAAAAUAUUGAAUAAAUGCUCAAACGG